AUGUUGUCCGCGGCUAAAUUAUCAAAUAACGUUUUCAAGAAAUGUAUGUUACUGUAGAUUGUUCAGAGAUUCUUGGAUACUGUAAUUGCAUAUAGUAUAAAAUUAUUGUAACUUUUGUGGAGAGUGAAUUACUGUAGAUCGUCUCAAGACUCUAGAAUCUCAACACUGUACAGUAACCCAAACACGGUAGAUUCAAUAGAAAGUGCUGUCGUUCUUUGAACUUCCAAAUUAUUCAUGUAAUCAAAAAUAAUUUGUAGAUGCUAUUCGUAAUUUGUCAGUUACUGUGAAACCAACUCGAGAUGAGCCAGAAUUUGAUAUGUAUUGUGAUCCAGAAAAUCCAAAAUCUUUACAAUUCGGCGAUAUUUCAAUGGCUCAUCAUAAAUUGCAAAAUGGAAUAGUUAAAACAGGCCUGCGCAAAUCGAGAAUUCUUUCAAAAAUAUUUGAAAUGGAUUUGCAUUUGAAGAUGGAAGUUUUACAAGAGACUGGAAGUUUCAAAGAACGCGGAGCAAGAUAUGCUCUUUUGAAUCUAUCGGAAGAAGUUCGAAAAAAUGGAGUAUAUGCUGCUUCAGCUGGAAAUCAUGCAUUAGCUUUAUCAUUUCAUGGUAAAAAUCUUGGAAUUCCCAUUAAUGUUGUAAUGCCAAAAAUCGCUCCUCUCAUGAAAAUUGGGCGAUGCAAAGAUCUUGGUGCAAAUGUUUUGGUACAAGGUGAAGAUAUUGGUGAAUCUCGAGAUAUUGCAUUGAGAACUGCAAAAGAGAAAGGUGGCAUUUAUAUAAAUGGAUAUGAUCAUUAUGAUAUUUUAGCCGGUGCUGGAACUAUUGGAAUUGAGAUUUUGGAACAAUGUCCACUUCCUGAUGCGGUUUUAGUUCCGGUUGGAGGUUGUGGUUUGAUUGCUGGUGUUGCAACGGCUAUUAAAACAUUGUCUCCGGAUACAAGAGUUAUUGGAGUUGGCGCUGAAUCAUGUCAAGGACUUAUGGUGAGAAUAGUUCACUCCAAUGGUUCCCAAGUUUUAAAAUCUCAUUUUUCCAAAAAUGUUCAUUUAAAAAUAAAAUAUGAAUAUAAAAAUGAUCGAAAAAUAGUCGCAAAUUUCUAGUACAAAACUUGUCCAGAUUUCAGAAUACAUAAUUUUCUCGAGGCGAAAAAGUUGGAGAAAACUUACUGUUUCAAAAAUUUGAUAUACAAAUUUUUCAAAAAAUUUCACAAUUUGUCUAAUUUUCUGAUUCAUUUUUUCAGAAUUCUUUGGAAGCUGGACAACCUCUCUACACUCCGUGCCGCCCAACUUUGGCUGAUGGUUUAGCUGUUCCAACAGUUGGUGUAAAUGCAUUCGAAUCUCUAAAAGGAAAAGUUGAUGAAAUAAUAAGUGUAGCUGAAAAUGACAUCGCUGUUGGAAUUCUUCGUCUUGUUGAAACUGAAAAAAUGGUUUGUGAAGGAGCCGGAGCAAUUGGUAUUGGAGCACUUCUUUCGGGUAAAUUAGAUCAUCUCAAAGGCAAAAAAGUUGUAUCAAUUCUGAGCGGCGGAAAUAUUGAUAGCACAUCUUUGGGUCGAUGUAUCGAUCGUGGUUUAGCGUAUGAUCAUCGAGUUGUUAAAAUUAGUGUGAUUAUAAAUGAUAAUCCAGGUGGAUUGGGAAGAUUGACAAGUGUUGUUGGAAGUAUGAAUGCAAAUAUUCGAGAUUUAUAUUUGGAGAGAGAAUUUUUGAGACAUGACAUGUCUUGUCAACGUGUUAAAAUUAUUGCAGAAGUUAGAGAUCAACAACAUGAGCAACAACUUAAGGAUGAACUUAUUGAAAUGUGAGUUUUUUUAAAUUGACAUUUUACCGAAUUCAGGAUAAAUUUUUUUAGUUAAAAAUUCUUUUAAAAAAAUCAUAAAUUUGGGCUGAUUUUGAAAAGUUUCGAAUUUCUCCCUAACAUUUAUUUUCCUCGGGAAAUUUUGAAUUUUCAGUUAUUCCGAAAAGAAUUGCUUAUUCAAAACUUCUCGUUUGCCAGGAUUAUAA